AAGACGGUUUGUUCUUCCUCUGACCUGUCUGUCACUCAUUGCUCUCCUUAAUAAGCUCUGUGUGUUCUCUUUGUGGCAGUAACUUCUGACUGUAAAUCCCUUCAGAUUCUUUGGCUCAGUGUGUGUGUGAUGGUUCAGCUGUGCAGCCUCUCAGCAUCCUGACCCUGCUGCCUGUGUCCGCCUUGGUCUCUUAGCUCCUCCCUUGGCUUUAUAGUCCUGCUUCCACUGGACCUCCAUCACACCACUCCCUGCUGCAUCCUUUGUUUCACAGACCCAGAAGAAGAAGAAGGAGAAGAAGAAGAAGAAGAAGAUGCUGUCCAGCCUGUCCCUGUGGAUUAUUUUCCUGCUCAGCUCCGGAGUGUGCGCCCGGAAGCAGCGCGACGAAGGGGAUGAUGAAGAGUCCUGGUCGGAGAGCGUGUCCAGGGCGAGGUGUGCGUCCCGGUGCCUCAGCCUGCACAGCGUGGAGGCGCUGUCCGUGUCCACACCGCUGCAGAAUAACGGAUCCUUGGGCUGGUGUCUGAAUCACAAACAGUGUGCUAAGUGCCUCGAGCCCUGCAAAGAAUCCUGGGAGAUGAAGAGGAAGAGCAACUGCAGAGAUCUGUGUGAGCGGGUGUUUCCUAAGAAGCACUGGGAGUGUGUGACCAGCUGUGAGUUCCUGCAGUCGGUGUUGGCGGUGAAGCAGGGCGGCUGUCCUCCUCCGGAGAGAGCCAGCGGCUUCGCUGCGGCCUGCGUGGAGAGCUGCGACCACGACCGAGACUGCUCCACCUUCAAGAAGUGCUGCUCCAACGGCUGCGGACACACCUGCCAGACCCCCAAAGACCUGUACAAAGGCGCUCCCCUGAAGCCCAGGAAGGAGCUGACGUUCACUGAGCUCUCCUCGGGUCAGCUGGAGGUCCGGUGGUCGUCCCGCUUCAACAUCUCUGCCGAGCCCGUCGUCUACGUCCUGCAGAGGAGGUGGAACUUUGGCAUCCAGCCCAGCGAGGACAGCGCCACCCCCUGGCAGCUGGUGGCACAGACGACAGAGCAGGGAGCGAGGCUCUCCGACACCCGGCCUGGACGCUGGUAUCAGUUCAGAGUGGCCGCUGUGAACACCCACGGAACCAGAGGUUUCACCACGCCGAGCAGACACGUCCACUCCAGCAGAGAUCCCUCCAACCCCCCCGCCCCCUCUGAGCUCAGGGUGUCCAACCUGACCUUCGGUCCGGGUCGGGCGGUGUCGGCUCGGCUGCAGUGGAGCGCGCCCGACGACCUGGACGUCCCCGUGCAUCACUACAAAGUGAGCUGGAGCUGGACGGCGCCCGGACAGCCGAGCGCUUCAUCGCUGACCAAGAGGAGGAAGACGGUCAGAGAGAGCCAGGUGGAGCUGGACAGCAUGCGGGCCAACAGGAGCUACAGCGUGGAGGUGCAGGCUGUUUCAUUCUGGGGUCAAACUCAGAUCAAAGGCCCCCGAGCCAUCCUGCACUUCAGCACGCAGCGAGCUUCCAGCGCCGCCCCGAGACCCCCAACAGGAGACAUUUUGGACGUUGGGACGCCGUUUUUUCAGGACGGACAGCUCAGAGUUCAUGUUUACUGGCAGAGCAGCACAGAUCCUUCAGUUGAGUAUUACAGAGUCCAGUGGAAACCAGAGCACUGUGCACACAACCAGAGCAGAGCGCCGGAGAAGAUGAACACACGGGAGAGCUUUGUGAGCCUGCAGGAUCUCCUCUUCUCCUGCAAGUACAGAGUCGUCCUGCAGCCGCUCAGCAAGAAGACUCGACCCCCUGCAGAGAGCGCCGUCUUCUUCACCCCGUCCUGCGCCGCCAUCCAGGCCAAGAGCCCCAAACCAAUCACCUGUCACUCGGGGAAAGCUCCCCCUCAGAAGGUCCUGAUCAAACCGGCCAACCUGACGGCGGCCUUCGAGGUGCGAGGAGGAAACCUGACGGCCAUCUUCAGCUGGGAUUUGUCCCCGCCCCCGUCCUACCUGCAGCUGACGGGUUACCAGGUGACGUGGACGGCGGUCAUCCCCACAAACCGACCGGACAACAACAACAACAACGACAACAAGCUGCCUCACAGCCUCAUCUCGCAGUCUCAGAUCCUGCCGCCGGACGCCAACGUUCUGGUGGUGACGAGUUUGCAUCCUGACAGUGUGUACAGGCUGGACGUCCAGGUCAUCACCGCAGAGGGAGAAGGUCCGGUGACGUCCAGAACCUUCCAGACGCCUGGGAACCAAAGCACGCUGAGACACAGACCGAGGACGAGGAAGCUUCACCAAAACCUGCCAAUCAUCGAGAGGCACUGAACCCAGACAGCCAAUCAGCAUGCACGAGCCAUCUCUCCCAAACUCAGGACGACCAAGACACCGCCGAACAACGAGCCUCUCAUGAAGUUUGCAGUGAUUUCAAUCCCCUGACUGCAGUUUGAUCCAUUUCUGUUCAGAACGUCGACUUGGGACAUCAAUGAAACCAUCGAUUCACUGACCUCGACACGUGCAGCCAACAGGUCCGAUUUAACUCAUCCAAGCGGCCAAUCAUCAACCACCACCUCAUUUACACUUUCAUUACAGCUGAUAUGACAUCAACAUUUCAUAAGAGAGAAGCCGAACA